GAAAAGCACUGGAUGCACUUUCACUUCUCAUAAUAGACAGAGCUGUGCUGGGGAGAGGAUUAAACUCACUUGUCCUCCCAGACAACCUCAGAACAAGUACAACUUGGCUGGCCUCUGCUACAACCUAAGAAGGAUAAGGAGUUGUUGCCAGAGAAGGGAGAUCCAAUAGAGCUGCCAUCUCAACUGUAAGUAAUCCAGUCUGUCCUCUGCUCAUCCAUCAUUGUAUGGUUUGGAGCAACUACAAAACAGGAGAAAAAUGGACUCCAAAGAGUAAUAAGAGCUGCUGGAAAAAAAAAUGCUGCAGAUCUAAUUAAAGUGAAAAGGAUAUAACCAGUUUGGAGCUCGCUUUCUGGCCUACAGUAUGAUGACUAAACUAAUGAUUUUGUUUGGCCUAAUUUAUGUCUUCAUUAUCCACAAUGUUGAGUCCUCAGGAUUAGUUUGCCCAAAGCAAGCAACUGGAAUAGUUGGUGGAUCUGUUACCUUCACGUGCAUGUACUCAACUAGUAUCAAAGCCAAUCUACACACUCGGAAGUUCAUGUGCCUGCAAGGUGGACAGCACAAAAGAUGUAAAAGUGUAAUUGUGUCCACAAGUCGUUAUGUGGAUCAAAGAUUUUUGGGCCGUGCUGAAAUUUUGGAUGGGAAGGAUGGCACACUUACUAUUACACUGUCUGAUUUACAGAAGACUGAUGAAGGCAACUACGUAUGUGGUAUUGGCCAAAGUAAUGAUGGGAUCAUGGAUGAUAUCAGCGUGGCAGUGACAGAAGACUCGGUCAUCCCAACUGAACCAAAACUCGUCUAUGUUCAACUAAGGGGCACAGUAAAAUUAAGAUGUGAAUUUGGAGACCAAAACACUGCAAACAGGAAAUACCUAUGCAAGAUAUUGCAAACCGGCUGCAAGAAUAUAAUUGACAACACGGGAGAAAUAGCGGCUGAGUACCAAGGGAGAAUUUUGCUACAAACAGAUGAAAGGAAUCCAGGAAGUUUUACAGUCACAAUAAUACAGCUGAAAAAUGAAGACUCUGGGCACUAUUCUUGCGGAUUGGGUCACUAUGGAGAACCUGGAGACAUCUCUAAUUUUGAUUUGAGGAUCAAUGAAGACACUGAUAUACCCCAGGGAUCUAAAUCACUGUCUUCUAGGUUGGGUGGGUCUGUUACUGCUCUUUGUAAGUACAACCCCAAAAAGAACUACACAGGCAAAUUUUGGUGCAAGUUGGAAGAUACAGUCUGUAAUCCAAUCAUAACAACAGAUGGAUAUGUGCUGGAGAACUAUGAAGGAAGAGUGGUCAUUCAUGAUAACCCUACAAAUGGUACUAUGCAGUUCAUCAUGAACCAGAUCAACAAAGAAGAUGAAGGCUGGUACUGGUGUGUGUUAACCGAUGGAAAACACGAUCAGACAUCCACUGUAGAACUAAGUAUCUCAGAAGGAAACCUUGAAGGAUUAAAUGGGAACAAAAUUAUUGAAGUAACUGCUGGGGAAACAGCCAAAAUCACAUGUUCCUAUCCAUGUCGGUUUAAACCCUAUGAAAAAUACUUGUGCAGAUGGAGUAACUUUGGCUGUGAGCGUGUGACUUCCCAGGACGAUGAUCAGAAUGGUCUGAGCAUUACAUGUGAGACUCACCACUUGGUGCGGACUAUUGAUUCAGUGUCCCAGAAGGACAGUGGAUGGUACUGGUGUGGAGUUAAAAAAUCUGACCGAUAUGGGGAGACUAUAGCAGUGCAACUAAUAGUAACAGAGAAAAAUAUAGAACACAGUGAUCCCAUUGAGUCACGUGCUAACAUUGUUAACAACAGAAAUAAUCAAGUGAUUGUGACUCCUCCAAGCAAUGACAAUAGCAAGAAUGGAACAAUCGUUGCUGCAAUUAUCUCAGUAUGUGCUGCUGUCUUGGUGGUUACUGCUGUCAUCGUCAUUUUUAGACUGAGAAAGAGGAAGAAUUCAGAUUUAGUCUCUGUUGGAAGCUACAGGACUAAUAUAAGCAUGAGUGACCUGGACAAUGUCAUUGGCAAGGACAACCCUGCAGUCAUUCAGACUCAGGAAACUGAUAUAAGUAAAUCAAAAGAGGGACCAAAGAUCAACAAAAAGGGAUCUCAGGAGGAUCUUGAUUAUUCCAGUUUCCUGAUACAUGAUAUUGGAUCUCCAAAUGAGGACCUUACUUCAUAGAGCCUUUCUGGAGGUUACACAAAAUGUAUUCAAUAGAACCAUAAACAUAAACCAUAUGCACAAUCAUUAGUUAUAAUCGGCAAUCAUAGCUACAGCAGACUUUAUUUCUAUACACUGAAUGUAAGAACACAGAGAUACCUAUGCUUUUCAAGAGAAGGUAACUGACUGAAAUGUAAGGACCAUGAUCUAUUGCCAAAGAACAUUUUUUAAGUUAGAAUUUGGCCAGAUAUUAAAAACUAUUUUGUAAUAAAUUAUUUUAUUUGUUUGCAUUAACAAUAAAGUAAACAGUGACAUGAAAUAAAGUGAAAUAAAAGCUACCAAUGGAUUGUAUGUAUAAUAGACAAUGUGGUAGCGUAACACUGUAAGAUAAAUAAUAGAAGUAGAACCUUUUAGAGGUUGGGCAAACACAGUGAUGUAACAGGAUCUUCAUGUGGGGUCUAUGGGCCUGAUUCAUAGUUGUAUGCAAACCUGACGGGAAGAGCAUGUGCAGGACCCCUUCUGCGCAUGUGAGGGGGCUGUGCUGGGCAGCGUUCCCUUAAACAAGGGUGUGUCAUCCCCAUUUUCUGAGAGUGCCAAGGCCAGGGUCUGCAUCUUCUGGCACAGAUUUACUGGCCCUGGAAGCCAGAACAGCCUGGCCAUCCUGAGUAACAUGUGUUAACGCAAGUGAUCCAAUGGUGCGAUUUACAAAGAGACCUCCUGCAGCAUCAGCAUAGUUUAGUGUCCAUCUCUGAAUCCGGCCCUAAAUUACACAAAUCCACAGUGUGACGCAUGAACUUUUCUUUUUACAAAAAGUCCCAUCCAUAUUUAUCCAUCUGCUGCCACAAUAACAAUUUGGACCUUAGACAUUUAAGAUGCACUGUACAUCAAAUAUGUUUACUUUAGACACAGAUACAGAAUAAUGGAGAUCAGCACUUAAAUACAGGCUGGCAAGAAUUGUGAUAUUAAUACAUUAGUCAUCAGCUGAGGGAUAUAAAGUGUAUUUUUUUUCUAAAUAAGUCAAUAAUUUCAAUAAUUUUUUAUUAACAGAAAUAUAGAAAUAAUCAAAAAUACAGUACACAUGAUUUGUUUUUGCUGCUAUAUAUCUCAGGGGAUGAUUCUGAAGAAGUACAGUAUUUGCUUCUACUUUUGAUUAACAAGCCAAAUGUUCUUACAGAACUCAUAUAUUCAUAACUUCAUUAUCUAUAUUAGCAAAUGACACUGCAUAGAAUGAUUUGCUAAGCACUGGCAUUUCAUGUCAGAAGGAUUUUCAAUUGCAAAUAAAAGAUUACAUUACAUUCAAGCUACUAUUAUUUAGCAAUCAUUUUCUCUAAGCUCCAUAUUACUGUAAGUGUAUUGUUUUCUUAUAUUGUUUUUUUUUGUGUCUGAACCAUUUAAAGGGACAACUGAUAAAUCUGAAUUUAUGUGAAUGAAAGAAAUGUUGUGUUUCGCCACACAGACAGUACAAAUAAUUAAAUUACAAAAUAAUGAUUGCUACUGAAAUUUUUCUAAUAGUUCAAAGUUAAUCUUUGAGAUACGUGCCUUAUUUUCAAAUAAAAUAGAAUUGUGCCUACAUCAAA